CAUAUAGAAAGAAGGAAAUAUAGAUGAGAAGAUGAAAGACUUCAUGGUGAAGAUUAAUGUAGUCAAAAGCGAGUUUCUAUGUAGAAACGUUUUGGUGAUCUAGAAGCGUAAAAUCGUAAGUUUUAAAGCGGAGUUUUUAACUACAUAAGUUAUAAAAACUGAGACUUUGUGUAGAAGCAUUUUAGUGACCUAGAAACGUAAAAUCGUAAGUUUUUAAGUUUUAAAGCGCGAUUUUAACUACAUUGGUGAAUAUAAUAUUCUAUGUCCAAUCUUCAAUUUUCACUUCUAAACUUGAUUCCCUAGCUCCUAUGGUGAAGAAAUUGUCCCAAAGUAGCUCCAAGAACUUCCGAGAUUUUUCCAGAAAUAACACCAUUUAAAAAAAUUACAAAAAUAGCACCUUUCUUUCAAAACCGCACAUCGGUCGUGCGGUUUAGCAUCCUGAGGGAGCGGUUUGCUUUUAUGGGCCAAAACCGCAGAUUGGCCAUGCGGUUCGUAGGAUGACCUAACAUAACCUCAUCUUGUCCAUGCGGUUCGUAGGAUGACCUAACAUAACCUCAUCUUGUCCAUGCGGUUCGUAGGAUGACCUAGCAGAACCGCAUGUUGGGGCUGCGAUUCUGUUUCUCCAACACAAACCGCAACCUCAAGCAGCGGUUUUGCCCUUGCCCGACACACAAACCGCACCCCCCUGCGGUUUAUGUAUCGUCAUCAUUUUCCCGACAUCCAGCAUGUUGGCCAUGCAGGUUGACAGACGAGGGCCUGCAUGGCAGAUGAAAACCGCUCCCUCCCCCUGCGGUUUUCAGUAAUGAUUUUGCCUAUUAAAGGCAGCCCCGGAAAACCUCUUCUCUUCACACCUUUUCUUCUUCUUCUUCUUCUUCUUCUUCAAUUUUUUGUUGUAGCACCCUACUUUUUUAUUGUUUUUGCGAUUAACGUUAACUCUUAAGUUUAUUUUGUAUUACUUUUUAUUGUGAUUUUUAUGAUAUUAACUGAAUUACGGUUUUAUUGCAAAUGGCAUUCCAAAAGUUCACGCUUGGAUUACAGUGGAAUAGUUACACGAAAGAGACCAGAAAGGGGGUCACCUACGUCGGUGACAAUUUUCAGAAAAUAAAGGUCGCUACCAGACCGAUGCUUGAAGACCUCCAUCAAAUGUGUACUGGUGUUACUUGCAUGGAUGGCACGAGAAGAGUUGAUCGUAUGGUGUACCGAUAUCCAAACAGAGAAGGUGGGUCGUUGUGCCAUGAGGAAUAUCUCAUAACCACUCAGGAUGAAGUAAAUGUCAUGCUCGAAUUCUUGAAGUUCAAUAAUCUUUCCAAAGCCGAGAUGUUCGUUUACACCGACGAGGUCGAAGGCGUUGGAGGUCAUUCUGGAGAAGGACAAACAUCUGGUAUCCAUGGUGGAGGUGAAUUAUAUGGAGAUCAUCCCUACCAAAGUUACCAUGAUCCUCGUUCCUACUUUCAUUACCAAGAGCAAGGUGAAGGUCAUCAUCAAUCUUUCCCAUCAUAUGAAGAAGAAGUCCAACGGGACCAUGCCAACCAACCCGACUACAACUUCCAUUCACGCAGCGAUAGUUUUCACAACUACCAUUACGGAGCUGAUGAAGGUACCUUUCAUGAAGUGGAUCAGAUGGAAGAUGCCUUGCCAGCACCAGUUAGUGACCCCUCCGAUGAAGAAAAAGGGAGCAAUGUUAGUGCAGACAGUUCCGACCCUCUUGAAGGUGCUGAUGAUUCAGGCCCAAAGUCAGACUCAGCUGAUGGUGAGGCGUCUCGUGACCGUGUACCUAUCUCGUACUACAAUCACAUUCCAGAUGACAAUUGGUGUGUCGACACCGACAUGGAGCCGCUAGAGGUCCCAGUAUGGGGUCCACUCACUGGGUUUAUGAAGAGCCAACAAUUUGGUUCGAAGAAGGAGGUGCGACACGCCAUUGAAACUGAAGCAAUGACUAGGCAUUUUGAAUGGCACACAACUCAUUCCAACACGAAGAGCUCAUAGUCAGAUGUCGUAAUCAACAAGAGAGAUGCAA